AUGUCAUGGAUUACAGUUGAAUUGGGGAAUCCACUCGACAUUUCCAUUACCACAUACACCACAUAUCGCCCACACGGUCCUCCGAGAAGUCUUCCAUUGGCUCUAUCGCCUCUCAUCAACAUUGCCGCGACUUCUUCCCGCAAAUUUCCAAGCCUCUCAUCCACCGGGCAUAGCAAAGUUGCGGCUCCCACAACACUGGAGCGGGAGGACAAACGGUUAAGUGUUGAUCCACUAUUGGUAGUUGUUCUUUGA